UAACGCAAAGCUGAAGAGGAGAGUGUCUCUGACACUGCUCUGCUGUCUCUAGACCCAAAAAAAACAGCUUAAGGAUUUUUUUGAAGGUGAAAACUCACCGGCAACAGAACCGACAGAUUAGACACAUGAGAACACGACAUAUGGUGUCUUAGAAGCGGCUUUUGAACUCUUGGAUAUGGCGAGAUUUUUUGCGCUAGGACCCUUGGUUUUGGUCCUAUGCUUGGUCUUAUUCCCUCAGUCAGACUCCUCCACUUUUCCCAAAGCAUCAAACACACCUGCAGACACCACCGAAGUCACAGACCCCUCACCCGCACACAUGGAUCCACAAGUCACAAAAUCAAGCGAAACAGCCACAAGCCCCUCACCCUCACUCACUUCUACCCCAGUCCCUAAAUCAAGUGAAACAGGUUCUUCUGACUCACCCACCACCAUGCAACCCACUUCACCUACUUACACCGCCUUACCUACAGGUGGAGCUAAGAAUGGUACAAACACUCAUUCAGACUCCUCCACUCUCUCCAACACAACAAACACGCCUGCAGAUACCAUUAAAGGUAAAUCUGACGUCACCUCAUCAAACUCACACUCCUGCAUUAUUAUUCUCUCACACUCUGACCUCCAUCUUCCUAUCAUGCCGUGCUACACACACAUAACUGAACAAGAAGCUUUUAUUUAUUCAUUUGUUUGUUUGAGCUUUUUAAUCGCUAAUGUUAAAGCACCACCUCUGUUUCGUAUGUGAUUUCAGUCAAGACCCCAGUGGCUAUAAGAGAAACGUUUUAUUUGAUCUAAUAACCAUUGUCAUUUAGGGACGUUUGCAGACCAGACAAACACAUCAAUCUCACUCCCACACUCCACCUUGCAACAACAAAACACCAACACCUCUGCAGAUAAAAUCCUGACAUCCUCACCCGCACCCACCUCGCAACAACACAACAUAAGCACUGCUGCAGGGAGUAUUACUGAUAAUAACCAGACAAACACUUCAGUCUCACUCCCACACACCACCUCGCAACAACAAAACACAAGCACCACUGCAGGUAACAGUGUGUGUGUGUGUGU